ACUCGCAUACAUACGCACACUCGCAGUGUUUUGCGAGAGGAAUGAUCAUAAGCUCCGAAGUUCUAUCUCACGAUUAAAAAACAACGCUUCCGUGAUUCGUUUGCUUCCUGCUGCAGUUCGAAAGUGAAUGAAAGAAUACUUAAAGUGAUAAAACUCGUAUUGCUUCUACAUCUUCACGCACCUUCACUGUUCCAGAUUUUUUAGGGCUUUUCAUAAGAUCAAAUCAGUAGAAUUUUUGAGAAAAUGAAUGGACAUGCAGAAGUGAAAAUGAAUGGUCAUGGGUCAGAAAAGAUGAAUGGUCAUGUGGAACAAUCCGAAAUUAGCUCUUCUGAAAAAUUCGAAGUCUUGAUGAACGGAAAUUGCGAAGCUGCCAAAGAAACUCUCCCCGUUGCCAAAUCCUCCAAGAAAAAAGUGUCUUUCCAUGAUAAUGUGACCGAUAUCGAUGCUGACCGUGAGCCCCCCAUUACAGCGAAUGGAGAUUAUGUCGAAGACAACCAAGAUGAAACAAAAACCCUGCGCGACAUCUUAAACAUUUCUGAAAAGAUAAACUUCUUUAAAAACGCUUUCUCUAAUGGGGUCCAGACAAUAGAUGAUAAUGGUCAUAAGCCGCAUGGUCACCAGAGUUCGAUUCCGGAGGCCAGAUUAGCUUUUGUGGCCGGUAUGGUCGACAGGUCCUUAACAGGAAACAACUCGCGUGCGGACAAGAGGCGGAAUCAUGUUGAUUCUGAUGUGACGAAUGGCGAUGGAAGUGUAACGAAAAAAGAUGAAGAAGAUACUGAACCGAAAACUAAGAGCGGUUCCUUCGACACGAAAGAGGUGCCCCGCAGUCCAGAAGAGGUAAGACCUUCUGAAGGUGAUACAGCCUCGGACAUGGCGGCUACAGAAGUGACAUACCUGAAGGUGUUUGCUACACAGAAAAUCAAAAAUGGGUUCACAGAAC